ACUGUGGCCGCCCCAGGCCAGGCGCCAGCAGCCGGGUUUGAGGUCCUGACUUCUGCCCCGUGCAGCCAAGGCUGCCCACAGGGACUCCAUCUCCAGGUGGUUUUCACGUUCAAGACCUUGAUGGAACCGCUAAAAAGUGCUGAAGUUGAUCACAAUGCCAAAAAAAAAAAAAAAAAAAGAGUCGAAUUCAAAGAAAAAUGGAAGAAUUUUUGUGGGAGGUGAAUCAGUCACCUGUUUUUCCUACCCGCACCACUUGGAGGCACGAUGAAAAAAGCAGAAGUAGUCUUAGCUCCCUCCACCUGAAAGGAGAGAAGCGACGGGAUGCGGUCCACAGGUGCUGGGCGUCUUUCUGAGACGUACCAUCCGGCAGUGUGAGCAGCUGGCGGCUGUAGGCCCGGGCUGACCCCGAAGUCCUGGCGUCUUCUCUGGACCCCGUGCAGCUUCUGGUUUCUGGUGACAAGCCCUGGACCCUGACAAGCCCCUGACCAGGCAACCUGAAGGACAAGCAAAGCCCGGGCGCCUGGUGCGCGCUGGCCACCAGGAGAGGCAGAGACACGAUGGCAGCAGCGUCCCUCCUUUCUCUUUGCUCCAGCCUCUCCUCGUCCCCGCAGACCUGACAAAUAGGAGCACACAGCAACAGCUGACCUUCUGGGAAACGUUAGCUUGUUGUGAAGUCGGGUGACGGGCCCGAGUGCUGCCUCCCACGAUGCGUGUCUGUUCUUCCUCCUCGCGGGCUCUGCGCCUCCUUUAAGGAGCAGCCCCCGGGGACAGGCCGUCAGGACCAGCAAGGGCAGCGGUCAGCCAGCCUCCGGCCAACAGCUUCCUGCGGACACUGCUCGCGUUGUUAGCCGACGGUGCUUGUCCCAGCCCUGCCACCGCUGGGACCUGUUCCACAACCAUCCAUGUCUUGCCAGCUGGAGAAGUCGAACCCCAACUCCACUGCCAGACAGCUUUUAAGGCCAACAGAGAAAGUUGUCCUCCUUUGGUGACAAACUUCCAAGUGAAACUUGAGAACCUUUUGGGAGUCCCUUCGACAGACUGUUUCUGGAAUGGCUGGACUCAGGCACUGGAAGCCGUGCAUGGGCGAGGAAGCAGGAGGACCACCCCCCGGCCAUGUGGGGUUCCCGCCUUGGGGAGGGGGGUGUCUGAGACACAGCAGGAGGACUCAGUAGUGUUAGCACAAAGGUUUGAGCACGUCCCUCCAAGCGCAGUAGUCAUUCUAGCCGCCCGCAAAGCCGUCUCUUUGGUCUCUGACAUGAGCUAUGAAAUAAGCCGCGGAGCCCGCUGGGCCAGCCGUCUGCACCGGCACUGACAGGCCCCCGGAGGGAAACGCCCCGCGGAGGCCACCUGGCGGGCAGGGCAGGAGGGUGUCCGCACCCACGCUGCCCCCGCCCCGUCACCUCCUGCCUCCCUGCCUGUCACAUUCCUUCACAAGCGAAGGUGCCAGCUCCUGGCCCCCAAGUCCAGGCUCCCUCAGGGGAGCCCCGGGACAAUUGGGGCUUCUCGGCAGCAGAUGGCAAACUGCCUUUGCAUUUUCUAAACUGAUCGAGACUUGAGAGCAGGGCUCUGGCUUUCCCCUGAGGACCACAAAUGCUGCUGUCCCCGGCGUCCCCUCCUUUCUGCUGCAAAGAGCAUGAAAGCGGACACUCCUCCUGUGGGGCCGUGGGAAAGGCGCCAUUCCCAGGUGCCACGAUGCGUGACUGCAGCAGUCGGCUGAGGAGUAGAAUGGGCCCUGUUGUUCUCUGCAGACCAGGCCCGGGCCAGGCAGGGCGCCCGUUACGAGGACACCACCGGCAUUGAUUCUGGGAGUGCCGUCCCCUCCCGCCCCGGCCUCCCAGCACACCUGUGCAGAGGGACCCGGCAAGGGGCCAGACCCUCCUGCUGCCUCAGCUCACUGCCCUCACACAGAGCGCGUCACCUGGGACAAAAGGAAGCGUCCGCCGGGAUGGGAGCUGCCGGCACGCAGGACUUCUUCAGGCUGAUGCUGACAGUCUGCUGGCUCCUGGCCUGCUUUCCUGGCGUCACGUCCACAGUGGCCUCUGAGUGCCCUGACCAGAGCCCUGAGCUGCAGCCCUGGAACCCAGGCCAUGAUCAGGACCACCAUGUGUACAUCGGCCGGGGCAGAACCCUGCUGCUGAGCUCGUCUGCCACCGUCCACUCCAUCCACAUCUCAGAGGGAGGAAAGCUGGUCAUUAAGGACCAAGACGAGACCAUUGUUUUGCGUACCCGACACAUCCUGAUCGACAACGGAGGACAGUUGCAUGCUGGGAGUGCCCUCUGCCCUUUCCAGGGCAAUUUCACCAUCAUUUUGUAUGGAAGGGCUGACGACGAUGUUCGGCCGGACCCCUACUUUGGCCAGAAGUACAUCGGUGUCGACAGAGGAGGCACUCUGGAGUUGCACGGACAGAAGAAGCUCUCUUGGACGUUUCUGAACAAGACCCUUCACCCAGGUGGCAUGGAGGAGGGAGGCUAUUUUUUCGAAAGGAGCUGGGGUCACCGUGGAGUCAUCGUUCAUGCCAUCGACCCUAAAUCAGGGACAGUCAUCCAUUCCGACCGGUUUGACACCUACAGAUUCAAGAAAGAGAGCGAACGUCUGGUCCAGUAUCUGAAUGCAGUGCCCAAUGGCAGGAUCCUGUCUGUCGCCGUGAAUGACGAAGGGUCCCGAAACCUGGACGACACCGCCAGGAAAGCGAUGACCAAACUGGGCAGCAAACACUUCCUGCACCUGGGGUUCAGACACCCUUGGAGCUUCCUAACCGUGAAGGGAAAUCCUGCUUCUUCCGUGGAAGACCACAUUGAGUAUCACGGUCACGGCGGCUCUGCUGCAGCCCGGGUGUUUAAACUGUUCCGGUCGGAGCACGGCGAGUACUUCAAUGUUUCCUCAUCCAGCGAGUGGGUGCAAGAUGUGGAGUGGACGGAGUGGUUCGACCAUGACAAAGUGCCACACACUAAAGGUGGGGAGAAAAUUUCCGACCUCCGGGCAGCUCACCCUGGAAGAAUCUGCAAUCGUCCACUUGAUAUACAGGCCACGACGGCGGAUGGAGUGAACCUCACCACCGAGGUGGUGUACAAAAGAGGCCAGGAUUAUAGGUUUGUGUGCUACGACCAAGGCCACGCCUGCCAGAGCUACCGCGUGCGGUUCCUGUGUGGGAGGCCUGUGAGGCCCAAACUCACCGUCACCAUCGACACCAACGUAAACAGCACCAUCCUGACGCUGGAGGACAACGUGCAGUCCUGGCGGCCGGGAGACAGCCUGGUGGUUGCCAGCACUGACUACUCCAUGCACCAGGCGGAGGAGUUCCUGGUGCUUCCCUGCCAUGCCUGCGCUGCCAACCAGGUCAGAGUAGCAGGGAAGCCCAGGUACCUGCACAUCGGGCAGGAGAUCGAUGGCGUGGACAUGCGCGCUGAGGUCGGGCUGCUAAGCCGCAACAUCGUGAUCCUGGGGGAGGUGGAGGCCAGCUGCUACCCCUACAGCACCCACCUCUGCAGCUUCUUUGACUUUGACACCUUCGGGGGCCACAUCAAGUUUGCACUGGGGUUCACGGCCGCACAUCUGGAGGGCGUGGAGCUGAAGCACAUGGGACAGCAGCUGGUGGGUCAGUACCCGAUCCACUUCCACCUGGCAGGGGACGUGGAUGAGAAAGGAGGCUACGACCCGCCCACGUACGUCAGGGACCUCUCCAUCCAUCACACCUUCUCUCGCUGCGUCACUGUCCACGGCUCCAACGGCCUGUUGGUCCAGGACGUCGUGGGCUAUGACUCCCUGGGCCACUGCUUCUUCACGGAGGACGGGCCCGAGGAGCGCAACACCUUUCACCACUGUCUUGGGCUCCUUGUCAAGUCUGGAACCCUUCUCCCCUCCGACCGCGACAGCCGGAUGUGCAAGAUGAUCACGGAGGACUCGUACCCAGGAUACGUCCCCAAGCCCCGGCAGGACUGCAACGCCGUGUCCACCUUUUGGAUUGCCAAUCCCAACAACAACGUCAUCGGCUGUGCCGCCGCAGGGUCCGAGGAAACUGGAUUUUGGUUCAUUUUCCACCACGUGCCGACAGGCCCCUCGGUGGGGAUGUACUCCCCGGGUUACUCGGAGCACAUACCCCUGGGAAAGUUCCUUAACAACCGAGCGCAUUCCAACUACCGGGCUGGCAUGAUCAUAGACAACGGUGUCAAAACAACGGAGGCCUCUGCCAAGGACAAACGGCCCUUCCUGUCUGUCAUCUCUGCCAGAUACAGCCCUCACCAGGAUGCCGACCCGCUGAAGCCCCGGGAACCCGCCAUCAUCAAGCACUUCACUGCCUAUAAGAACCAGGACCACGGGGCCUGGCUGCGUGGUGGGGACGUGUGGCUGGACAGCUGCCGGUUCGCUGACAAUGGCAUCGGCCUGACCCUGGCCAGUGGCGGCACCUUCCCGUAUGACGACGGCUCCAAGCAGGAAAUAAAGAACAGCCUGUUUGUUGGCGAGAGUGGCAACGUGGGCACAGAGAUGAUGGACAACAGAAUCUGGGGUCCCGGCGGCUUAGACCAUAGUGGACGGACACUCCCUAUAGGCCAGAAUUUUCCCAUCCGAGGAAUUCAGUUCUAUGACGGCCCCAUCAACAUUCAGAACUGCACUUUCCGGAAGUUUGCGGCCCUGGAGGGCCGGCACACCAGCGCCCUGGCCUUCCGUCUGAACAACGCCUGGCAGAGCUGCCCCCAUAACAACGUGACCAGCAUUGCCUUUGAGGACGUCCCGAUUACUUCCAGAGUGUUCUUCGGGGAGCCCGGGCCCUGGUUCAACCAGCUGGAUAUGGACGGGGACAAGACGUCGGUGUUCCACGACGUGGACGGCUCCGUGUCCGAGUACCCCGGCUCCUACCUCACCAAGGCCGACAACUGGCUGGUCCGGCAUCCGGACUGCAUCGACGUCCCGGACUGGAGAGGGGCCGUGUGCAGCGGGCGCUACGCACAGAUGUACAUCCAGGCCUACAAGACCACUAACCUGCGAAUGAAGAUCAUCAAGAAUGACUUCCCCAGCCGCCCCCUGCAGCUGGGGGGCGCCCUGACCAGGAACACGCACUACCAGCAGUACCAGCCGGUCGUCACCCUGCACAAGGGCUACACCAUCCACUGGGACCACACGGCCCCCGCCGAGCUUGCCAUCUGGCUCAUCAACUUCAACAAGGGCGACUGGAUCCGAGUAGGGCUGUGCUACCCACGUGGCACCAGCUUCUCCAUCCUCUCGGACGUGCACAAUCGCCUGCUGAAGCAGACGGUCAAGACAGGCACCUUUGUGAGGACCCUGCAGAUGGACAAAGUGCAGCAGAGCCUUCCCGGCCGGGGCUACUACUACUGGGACGAGGCGUCAGGGCUGCUGUUCCUCAAGCUGACCGCUCAGAACGAGAGAGACAGGUUUGCCUUCUGCUCCGUGAAGGGCUGUGAGAGAAUCAAGAUCAAAGCUUUGAUCCCCACGAACGCAGGCGUCAGCGACUGCACGGCGGCGGCCUACCCCAGGUUCGCCGAGAGGGCCACCGUGGAUGUGCCGAUGCCCAGGAAGCUGGUUGGUGCUCAGCUGAAGACAAAGGACCACUUCUUGGAGGUGAAGAUGGAAAGUUCCAGGCAGCGUUUCUUCCACCUUCACAACGACUUUUCUUACAUCGAAGUGGACGGGAGGAAGCUCUCCAGCUUGGAAGAUGGCAUCCAGGUGGUGGUGAUUGACGGGCGCCAAGGGCACGUGCUCAGGCACGCGAGCUUCAGGAACGCCAUUCUGCAGGGCAUACCGUGGCAGCUCUUCAGCUACGUGGCGGCCAUCCCUGACAAUUCCAUAGUUCUCAUGGCAUCAAAGGGAAGAUACAUCUCCAGAGGCCCGUGGACUCGAGUGCUGGAAAAGCUCGGGGCAGACAAGGGGCUCAAGUUGAAAGAGAAGAUGACGUUCGUUGGCUUCAAAGGCAACUUCCGGCCCACCUGGGUGACUCUGGUCACUGAGGACCACAAGGCCAAGGUCUUCCAAGUUGUGCCGAUCCCUGUGCUGAGGAAGAAGCCGCUGUGAGCGUGGCUGUCACCUUAGGCCACCAUGCGGACUGUGACGGCGGACUCUUGGCAGCAGACCAGGGUAGGGUGGCUGGUUCCCCCAGCCCCUGUCCAGCGGCUUCCUGGGAAGGCCACGUGUCCAGAGAGGCCAAGGGAAAGACACUGAGACCCCCGGUGCCUGUACCUGCCCCACUCAAGCAUCUACCUGCAGCCCCAGGGCGGUGUUGGCUGGCUUUCCGGCAGCCCCUUGGGUGCUUCUCUCCUAUCUGUGCCUCUUCAGUAGGGGGUGUGGGGACCCUGCGAGGAGACCUGGACGUGAUGGCAGCAGGGUCCACUGUGGCAGCAAUGUGGACUAGGCCGCUGGGUCACUCACAGACCUCCCUGCUCCCCAGCACACGUUAGAAGGUAGAUGUAGGAAAAAGAACCCUGGUCUUGAGGAAACCUUUAUUCCUGUAAGCAAGAACCAGCUUGCGCAGGAUUAGAGCAGGCGUGUACAGCUCACCACGUGGAACCGGUUACCCCGGGGGAAGGGGCGAGCCUUGCUUCUGCGUAUGUGUUGGGGGUGGCGGUCAGCCUUUCGGGAGACUGCAGGUCCCAGGUUGAGAUGGACGAGGUGACAUUUAAAGGCCCUUUCACUUCAGGGAUCCCAGAAGUCUGUCGCUUUUCAUAUUGUGCCCAGAACCCAGCAGUAGAUGAGAACGUCCAUGAUGCUGGGUGGCUGGGGCCUACAGGGUGUGUGUGUGUGUGUGUGGGGGGGUGCUAGGUGAGGGGCUUACAGUCUGGUAGGACGUGCAGUCAGCUCCAUGUGCCUUGUGAUGCCAGGCAGAGAAAUCAGACAGGGGCAAAAUGGGGACCAAUGCCAGUUCAGAGGAAGGAAAGAUGUCACCUGCCUCGGUGAGUCAGAAGACUUCCUGCAGGAGGCGGCAGUGGGGCUUGCAGGCAUGGUGGGCAGCCUCCACUUUGUUCAAACUACCUGUCAGCCCACCUGCAGGCGCACCCAGCUGCAGCAGUUCCAUUGGUGCUACCUGUUCCGCAGCCCAGCAGACAGCGUCGGCACACCGAGGCCUGCUCGGUGAGCUGCCUUAGCUGCCCUCGGGGUCUGAGAGCUGUUGGGUCCAGCCCAGCCACCUCAGCUCCUGCUGAAGUCCCCGCUCUCCCCCUUGUCUGCCCGCGGGAGAGCUAGAGAGCUCCUGGAAGAGGGAGAACUACCUGUGGUGUACACUGUCUCGUGAGGCGCCAGGGUCACUCUGGGUCUCAGGAUGAGCUAUGUCUGCCCCCUUUCCUGCCCUAACCACAAACUCUUCCCUUCAAAGAGAGCUUUCUUGGCUCCCUGUGCCCAGCUGCCCCCAGAGAUGAGGUCAGCGAGUCCAUUCCCCCAGGUUGAGCCAACUGCCAGAAAGGUUUUCCCAUCAAACAGGUCUUGCCGCUGCUAGGAGGUGACCAGGACUCCGCCUCACCUGGCAGCUUCCAAGGCCCUCACCCCAGGGAGGACCUUCCAGGCAGAGUAGUGGCGAUGCGGAGGUGAGUUACAAUGCCCUCGUGUUCUACUGUCCGUAGUUCGGUCGAGUUCUGCAAACUUUCCAUGCAGGGGUCUCACACUGUGAACGCUUGGGGUGCGAUCACUUCAGGUGGCCAGGAAUGGUGACUGCCUUUGGUUCAGCUCAUUUCAUAACGGAUCUGUCUGAAGCUCUCAGAGUUGUACAUAAGUCUCGCUUGCUCGCAUAGAACCUUCCUCCCUAAACCAUGCGCCGAGAGCCUAUGUCCAGGCAUGUCCUUGGUCGCACAGAUUUUCUUCCUGCUUAGAAAACUGUCCUUGCUAUUCUUUCUGUGUGUGAGCGUAAAAAUGAGUUAGGCUUUUCAGGAAAACAACACGCCUCUGAAAUGCUUGUCUUUUUCCUGUUGCCGAAAUAGCUGGUCCUUUUUCGGGAAUUAGAUGUACAGUGUGUUUUAUAUGGAAACAUUUCUUGUAGGCAUCACCAUGAACAAAGAUAUAUUUUUUAUUUAUUUAUUAUAUAUGCACUUGGAAAAGUC